GGAAAGAAAGAAAAAGAAAACCAUAUUAUAUACAGCAGCCACCAUGACCAAAAUGAAGACUUGGAGUUUUUCAUGGGUUCUUGUUCUAAUUGCAUCUUCUUUGUUCAUCACAAUUUCAGGUGCAACUACAGUCCAUAUUCUAAAUUCCAUGCCAAAGAACUCAGGGCAGGUGAACAUCCAUUGUGAGUCAAAGAAUAUCGAUCUGGGUUUGCGUGUUCUCGAAGAAGGCAAAGAUUAUAAUUGGCCUGUUGAAGAAAACGCUGUGUAUUACUGUGAAGCUGUAAGACCUCCAAGGAAUAUUGCAUCAUGGCAUGCAUUUGAGCCUGAGAGAGAUGUUGGUCAUGAUUCAGUCUUUUGGCUUGUUAAAGAAGAUGGCUUUUUUCUUAGCUGGGAUAAUGCUACUUGGGUUAAGGAAGCUGAUUGGGAAACUGAGUAAUUGAUAUUAAUGUUUUAAAUAGAAUCACAGAAUGAAUAGAUAAUUUUCACCAUUUUCUUCAAAUAAGUGAAGGUGGAUUAUGCAUAAUAAAUCCAAUUUCCUUUAAUUUCGGGGCUAGAAAUUUGGAAUGUAGGAUCGAUAUUGUCUACACUAUCUUGAG